AUGGGCUCUCUGUUCGUCAUACCUCCAGACCAAGACGCCCAGCAAGCCGCUGACUCUCAUUCUUCUGCUAGGCAAAACAUGCGCCCUUCUAUCGAAUCUUCCCUGGGCGACCAGGGCCUUGCUACCGAGCAACGCGGCCUGCUCGACCUCAUCGACAAGCUUCAAUUCGCACAGCUCGACGAUGUCAAACUACCCCAAAUCGUCGUCGUCGGCGACCAGUCUGCCGGAAAGAGUUCAGUUCUUGAGGCUCUGACAGGUACACCAUUUCCCCGCGAGGCCGGCGCCUGCACUCGAUUUGCGACAGAAAUUCGUAUGCGACGAGCGAAGGAAACAAAACUAAAGGUUUCCAUCAUUCCCGACAAGACACGACCUUAUAACGAGCAAGCUCGCCUGCUUCAAUAUGGUGGUGACGUCGAUGGCGACACGCCUUUUGAUGCUAUGAUGCGAGAUGCUACAGAGCUCAUCGCUCCACGAAGUGUUCCCGGUCGCUUCGCUGCUCGCGACAUCUUAGUCGUUGAGAAGAGCGGCCCUGACAUGCCACUUUUGACUCUUGUCGAUCUCCCAGGCCUUGUGCGAGUCGCCAACCGCGACCAAUCUGAGUCUGAUAUCCAGACCAUUGAGGUCCUUUCCGAGCGAUACAUGAAGAGUCCUCGAACCAUAAUUCUCGCUGUCAUUGGUGGUAACAAUGACUACGUCCAAGCUCCUAUCCUCAAGAAGGCCCGUCACUUUGAUCCGAAGGGAUCACGCACCAUCGGUGUCCUCACAAAGCCCGAUAUGACUGAGCGCAUCGGUCUUGAAGAGAAGUUCAUUGAGCUUGUUACAAACAAGGACAAAGAGAACAACUUCAAGCUUGGCUGGUACGUCUUGCUUAAUCCUGGUCCUGGUGAGGAAUGGCAAACUCCGGAGGAUCGCGCCCGAAAAGAAGCCGAGUUCUUCGCCCGUGGAAAAUGGGCAACUCUCCCUCCUGAGAUGUGGGGUGUUGGCGCUCUUCGUGCCAAGCUCAGCACCCAGCUCCAGCGUCAUAUUGGCAAGCAUGUCAAGACUCUACGUCGCCAGAUUCAACAAGCUCUGGAGGGAUGUGAAGGUCAGCUCAAAGCUAUGGGCGUUGGCAAAGAUACCCCAGAGGAGAUGCGUUUCCAGAUGGGUGAACUCUUUACAGCAUCUAACAACCUUGUCACUCCUGCGGUAAACGGUAACUACAAGAACCCGUUCGGUGAGCGAUUCUUUGCUAGACAAUCUAGCCCUAAGGGUACGCCAUCGCAAAAGCUUCGUGCUCGAAUCCGCGAUGAAAGUGAGCGUUUUGCUCGAAGAUUCCGGCAGCAUGGCCGCAAGGUUACUUUCCAGAAUGACCAACCGACCGGCGGCGCCAACGGUACCAACGGCGCAACCGAAGACAACGGUCUCCCCGCAGCCGGCACGGUUGGAGAUCGCAGCAAGAAGGAUUUUGCCGAGUUCGAAGUUGAGCCUCUCCUCCGACAGAUCAGGGGUAACGAACUUCCCCUCGACUCCAACCCUCGAGCACCGUACAUCCUUUUCCAGGAUUACUCCAGGAACUGGCCUGUCCUGGCGCAAGAGUACAAGGACAACGUCGGCGUCAUCUGUAACGAAUUCCUUGCGGAUGUCAUCGACCACGUCUGGCCCAUGCGCAUGCGCGACCCUCUUCGCAUGCACUUCCUCGAACUCAGGAUGAAGGACAUGUAUGAGAGUGCUGACUCUGAACUUGGUCGUCUCACUGACGAUAUGGAGCUGGAAAUCCAGCCCUUCGACCCCGAGUAUGAAGAGCGUCUUCGAAAAUGGCGCGCCCAAGCCACUGAGAACGGCGGAACAUACACCGAAGCUGAGGAGGUCUUGGAGAAGAUGCUUAUUUACUACGACCUUACUGCCCGCAUCUUCACCCGCAACGUUAUCACACAGAUCGUUGAACGACAUCUCCUCCUUGGUAUGCUGCGUCUAUUUAAUCCUAUUGAGAUUCUUCGUAUGCAAGAUGCCACCAUUGAGGCUAUUGCUGCCGAGAAUAAGGAGACUCGCGACCGUCGCAAGACACUUCAAUUGCAGAAGAAGGCCAUUGAAGAGGCUAGGAGCAUCUGUGCUAGCCUUGCUAUGCGAAGUGACCUGCGGGUGUACGAGGACGAUCCAGACGACGAUGCCGACACGGACGAUGAAGAGCCUGUACCUCGUGAGGUCAGUCGUCGCCAGGUCGGUACACCUCAGAAUGGCGCAUCCCAGAACGGUGCAUCUCAAGGUGGUCUCCUCCAAGCACAGGCUACCCCUCAGCCCAGUCGCUCUCACGACUCUGUCCGCCGAUCGAACCGUGACAGUCGGGACGAGCGCUCUGAACGCGAUGAACAGCGAUCAAGCCGACCUCCUGUGCCAUCUCAGGAUUCCCACCAGAACAGCUCUUAUCGACAAGAUGCCAGCCGAGAUUGGGAGCCAGUGUACCAUGCCCAACAGGCUCAGCAGGCUCAACAGGCCCAGCCCGGACAAGCUCCACCACCCCCUCCUCCUCGCCCAUCAAAGGUAGGCCUUGGAGACACCGAGGCAUACUACGAUAAUGCCCGUCGCCAGGACUCAUAUAGCGAGAGCCCCGGCCGAAGUGACCGCCGAGAAGGUGCACGACAUAGACUUGCAAACGCCAUGCGCAUGGGAAACUAG